AUGGGGCUUGUGGAAAGCAGACAGCAGGUCACGGGACGCCGACCUCAGGAGGAAGACGAUGAACGCCCAAUCGGGAUGGAGCACGAGCGCGUGGGCGAGCCUGGGCAAGAUGACCGGGGCGGAGAGGCGGGCGCUGAUCAGGCCCGGAUGAAAGCCCUUCAGAACGACGGCCUCACGGAAGCCGGGACGGGCCCCCCAGCACAGAGCGACAAAGGAACCAGGCUCCAAGAACAGCACGGCUAG